ACUGUGCAGGGACGGGAAAGCCUGGGCUGGUAAAGAAGGAACUCAAAUCGUCAGCACGGAAUUCUGGGCAGCAACUGAACCAAAACAAUGGAGUAGGGGAAUCAGUGCUGGUCUCCAGCUUUGUACAGCUGGGAUUUCCAAACAGGACCCGGCCACAGCAACUCCCUAAGAACUUUACUCUUCCAGCCGCCUGGACGUUCCUUCGCCCAAGAAUGCUUACUGCCCUUGGCCUUACAACAGAGUGUCGCGUCAAACAGGACGGGACUCAGCUCUGCUUUUGCCGCCCUGGCUACCUGUGGAAUGCUAGGCUUUGCUCCCUUUAUCCUACCUGCCACAGCGGCGUCAGAUCGGAAAGUGAUCUCUGCGCAUGCCGCAGUCUCCACGGCCCUGCUCCUGGCUACUGCCAGCCGCUGCCGCCUGUUCCUGCUGACCUAACCCUGGACUCCCAGCUGCCUCGGGACACCCUGAACCUCAUUCUCAAGACAGCGGAGGCCACCAACCUGAGGUGGUACUUGCAGCACCCAGACAACUUCAAACGCAUCUUCCUACGGCCAGGGACAAAUGUGUUCCAGAUGUCCACUCAGGGCCAGGCUGGCCUUCGCGUCGCCAGCUUAUCCCGUUACUGGACAGGUACGUAUAUGAGCAUCUUCGAGGCCCAGGGAUUCAGGCGGAGGCUGGAUCGGGCGGUGCGGGUGCCCUUGAAGAUGGAAGACGUGGUUCGGCUCCCAGACAAGCUGUCCAUCUCCUGUGCCGCCUCCACUGGCUUCCAGCUGAGCUGCUGCAUACCGCGCACAAAACUGAACUACACUGCUCUCUGGAGUCCCGGGGAGGGCAGCCAAGCCUCCUUGUAUAAUACAUCAGAUUCCCAGUGCCUGGUGCUGACUGUUCAGCGCUGCCCAGCAGCUGACACCACAUAUACCUGUACCCUUCACAGUCCGAACCUGCCUCCUCUCGUGGCUCCUGUCUCCAUCACCGUCAUCCGGGAUGGAGACACUACCUGCCCCGAGGACUUCUCAGUGGUUGCCUGGAAUGUCACCAAGGCUGGCUUCGUGGCCCAGGCCCCGUGUCCUGUGAAUAAGAGGGGCGUGAUAAAGAGGCUCUGUGGGUCUGAUGGCAUCUGGGGGCCCAUCCAGAACAGCUGCACAGAGGCAAAGAUCCUCAGCUUGUGUCUUGAAGCCCAGCUGCUGCUGGAAGGCCAGGGAAAGCCGGAGGAGGAGGUGCCGCGCAUCCUGAAAGAGCUGCAAGAGCAGGUGGGGGUGGCCAGCACCUCCUCUGACUUACGCGAAAUGCUGCACACUGUGACCUUCCUGGCCAAUGUGGUAGCAGAGACAAGAACAGAGCUUACAGACAGUGCCCUGAAGGAUCUCCUGACAACCACAGACAAGAUUCUAGAUGGGAACAUCAGCUCUCUGUGGACUCUGGCCCAGGCCCAGGAGCCCUCGAUGGGCUCAGAUUUCCUGGCGGCCGUGGAGACCCUGGUCCACAGCUUGAGCCCACAGCGGCAUCCUUUCCUCUUCCGCUCAUCUAAUGUGUUCCUGCAGAGCCAGCUCCUCAGACACAGCUCUCCUCCCGGCUACCAAAUGUCCUUCUCGGCCUGGCCCCUCCUGCAGGCACGGAUUCCAUGGCAUUCACUGGCCCCGCUGGUCCAAAACGGAACUAAUGUCAGUAUUACUAGCCUGGUACUGCAGAAACUGGACCACCGCCUGCCCUCCCACUAUGUACAAGGGCUGUGGAACACGCCGUACGCCACUCCCGGGCUGAUCCUUGUGGUCUCCAUCACAGCAGACGGCCAGGCCUUCACAAAGGCAGAGCUUCUCAUCGACUUUGCAGACAUGAACGGAACCCUGCACUGCGUCUUCUGGGACCACAGUCUCCACCAGGGUCAGGGGGGGUGGUCGGAUAAAGGGUGCCAGGUACAGGCGGCCAACGCCAGCACCGCCACUCAGUGCCUCUGCCGGCAUCUCACUGCCUUUUCCAUCCUCAUGUCCCGACACACCGUCCCGGAAAAUCCUACCCUGGACCUGCUGAGCCAAGUGGGUGUCGGGGCUUCCGUCUUGGCACUGCUCGUGUGCCUGGCCAUUUACAGGCUGGUGUGGGGCGUGGUGGUUCGGAACAAAGUCGCCUUCUUCCGCCACGCGGCCCUGUAUAACAUGGUGAUCUGCCUGCUGGUCGCAGACGCAUGCUUCCUGGGAAGCCCGUUCGUUCCUUCGGGGCACCACAGCCUUUCCUGCCUGGCCACCGCUUUCCUGUGUCACUUUUUCUACCUGGCCACGUUUUUCUGGAUGCUGGCACAGGCCCUGGUGCUGGCUCACCAACUGCUCUUUGUCUUCCAUCAGCUGUCCAAGUACUUGGUCCUCUCCCUGAUGGUGAUCCUGGGCUACCUGUGCCCACUGGGGUUCGCAGGUGUCACCCUGGGCCUCUACUUGCCUCAGAGGAAAUACCUGUGGGAGGGGAAAUGCUUGCUGAGUGGGGAUGGAGCCAUGCUGCACGCCUUCAGCGAGCCGGUGCUGGCCAUCGUCACCGUGAACGCGCUGGUCCUGGUCAUCGUUGUGCUGAAGCUCCUGAGACCGUCUCUGUCAGAGGGACCCCCCGCGGAGAAGCGCCACGCUCUUGUGGGGGUGCUUAAAGCCCUGCUUAUUCUCACGCCCAUCUUUGGCCUCACCUGGGGACUGGGUGUGGCCGUUUUAUUUGAUCCAGACUGUAUCGUCUCUCAGUACGUCUUCACCAUUCUCAACAGCUUCCAGGGUGUCUUCAUCUUAGUGUUUGGCUGCCUCACAGACAAGAAGGUACUAGAGGCCUUGCGCAAACGCUUCCGCUUCCGGGGCACCCAGUCCUCCAGUUCUGCCCUCUCCCUGGCCACAAAUGAAACCCACACCUCCGAACACAGCAAAGAAAGUGAGCAUGCCAGUUAUGAAGAAAGGAUGGCUGAUUGACAGGAGGAACCUGUGAUCUUCCAGACAUUGAAGAUGAAGGGCAGAAUUCAGUUUCUUUGGGGACAGUAUUUAGUUACAAAGUCCUUACUAAUAUAACUGCUUUAAAAAUACAU